AUGACACGUCAACAAGCCAUACAUGAAAUAACUGAUAUUGUUCUACGUUCUAAUAUGAAACCACGAUUAGUUAAUUAUAUUUUACAAUUAUUAAAAAGACUUUUACCAACUGAUAAUACAUUACCAAAUACAAUUGAUGAACUUUUUCGUUCAAUGAUGUCAUCAGAGAACGAUUGGCGUUUGACACAAUAUUUUAUAAGGCAUAAACAAUGUCCAUCAUUUUUAUCACGAUCAUCUAAUACACACAAUGAAAAUUUCAAUAGAUCAAGCAAUCUUGAUAAUUCAUUAUCGACACAAGAACAACAAGAUGAAUACAAUAUUUCAAUACAAGCCUCAUCUGUAUUUUUACCUUUGAAUAAUGAUAACGAGUCAUCAUCAUCAUCAUCAUCAUCAUCAUCAUCAUCAUCUUCAUCAUCUUCAUCAUCUUCAUCAUCAUCAUCUUCAUCAUCAUCAUCAAGUUCCGAUGAUGAAAAUCCUUAUGAAGGUCUACAAGAAUAUUUACGACCAAUUACUGAAAUAGCAAGAAGUAAUAGAGAUUUUCCAAGUUUUAAUCAAUUAAGUAUUUCAAUCUUAGAUUUUAAUCUAAACUAUGCAACAACAUUACCAAUUAAUAUCAAUCAACGGCCACAAUUAUCAUCUAGUUCAAUUAAUUCAUCAAAUAUAUUUGAUGAAUUUAAUCGACUAACAAAUGAAACUACAUCGACAAUAUCUACACAUGAACCUGAUUUAAUUAAUACAACAAGAAUGUUUGAUGAUAGUGAUGAUGAAACAUCAUGUUUUUCUAUAUCGAAUGAUAAUAAAAAAUUAUGUUGUUUUGAAAUAAAUGGAUGUGAUCUACUUAAUGGUGGUAAACAACGUCAAUAUUAUUGA